AUGGGAACCUCGACUUCCAGAGCCAACUGGGCAAGACCACGGCGAGCCGAGCCCUGGCGAUUCGUUCGCUUCGGCAGGGAGAGUGGCAAAGUUGCUGGGGUUGACGAGUUCGAGGUUGCAUCUGCACUCUUUGCGGGCGAGAGGGAUGCCCUGAGCCAGCUGACAGAAGGUCGACACCUCUUCAACCUUUGUUUACAGUUCGGCCUGGAUAGCACGGCGCUCGCGCUGCUGGAGCACGGGGUCGAGGGAUGCCGCCUUGAAUGGGAUGACCUGAAGGGCCUUUCAAGCGAAACCUGGUCGUGGGGAUCCUGGAAGGGCUGCAGGUGUCCAUAUGGCAGCUGGCAAAGCUGCAGCGCCUGUUCUUGGGGCUUCCCUCUGGACAAUGACGUGUGGAUGCCAGACUGGGACGCAGACCUCUGUGAGGCCUCCCUCACAGCUUCAACUCUGGCUCUCUUUCCUUUGACAGAAGCCUUGUUCAAUGCCAUUCGCUCUGACACUUCCCUGCCGGGGCUGGAGGUCUCCAACGAAGCCAUGGCCCGCUUAUUAGAUGUGGCGGUGCUUCUGGGAGAUAAGGACCUAGCUUUGCGCUGUGCCGAUCGCUGUCCCUGGAAGCCGUUGAGACGGUGGAGAGUGCAGGAUCUACUCUGCUGGGACUUCAAUGGAGUGUCCGUCACGGCGCCGGCAGUCCUGGAUGCAGCUCUGGCUGUCGGCACGGCUCUUUUCCAGCUUCGUGCUCCCAUUGCGAUGGGUGGUCUGUACGCUUCGUACUGGUCCUACGCCAUGUCAUAUGGGAGCUUGCUGGGUGUUCGCGGAAUAUCUCUUCGUGAGGCCAUCGUACUCUCAGGCGACCAGAAGAUCUUGGAGCGAGUCAGCAGUUGCGAGCCCGACGAGGCUUCGAGGACUCGACAUGCAGACGCUCUACUUCCGCUAGGGUGGCUUAUGGAAGCUGAGGCGAACGGGCGGCGCAAGGUGUCAUCGACUCGAUUAGAGUUGGCGAGGUUGUCCGGGCUAGGGCAUGGCAAAUGCCUCGGCGACAGCGUGCGUGUGCAACCCUUUUGGAUGGAGACGACACAUGCCGGCACUAGGGAAAGAUUCACACUCGCGGGCUGCACCGUGCUUGAUUUAUGCGUUUACGGUGGUCAAACUCGAUGUGCCGGGCUCGCAGCAGGAAUGGGAGCGAGCUUGGGCGACCUUUCUCGGGUCUUCCUGGAACCGGACUGCAUCGACCUGAGAGUGUGCUUGGCCCAUGGGGUCAGGGCGGUGGAUGCCACUUGCCGUGUUAGGGCAGCCCCCCUUCUGCAGCGAAAGGCUGCCGCCGCGCAGGCACUGGGAAAGGCUCUGAAGGCAUCCAUGCAGCAGGCUUCUCAGAGGAUGGGUCUGGGUCUUGACCAAGCUUUGGGUGCCUGGGCGAGUGGCAAGAAGGUGCCGUCCUUCCUGGCGGGCAAAAUCCUUACUUUUGCCUCCGAACGUCCCGCCAUUGCAGACCAGCUUCAAGAAGUUGCAGGUGAGUUGGGUCUGCAGUGGGACGCUUCUCAGGACGUACCAGAAGUCCUCGAUCCAUCUGAGGAUAUGCAGACAGAUGCUUAA